GAUCCUAAGUCCGUUUUGUCCCAAGCCUUGGUAACCUCGAUUCCGGAGCGGCCGCUUGCACAAUCAGGAGGGCACGCGGCCUCGGCGGACCCGCGCCCGCCCGCAGCGCGGCCCAGUGCACGCCGGUCCCGCGCGCCGCCGCAGCCACCGCCUCCACGGGCACCGACGGUGGGCUCCGCAGGCGGCGGCUCUGUUCUCGGCCGCGCCCUUCUGCCCGCGUGCCCCUCGCCGAACGGCCGGCCCAUGCUCUCGGCCACUAGGAGGCUUAGCCAGUUCUUCCACAACCUCUUUCCUGGCCCGAGAAUGGGCGACUCCGCAUCUAAGAUCGUCAGCCCUCAGGACGCCUUACCCGGCCGUAAAAAGUCGAUACCAGUAGCGGCCAAACAUCAUGUCAAUGGCAACAGAACAGUUGAACCUUUCCCAGAGGGAACACAGAUGGCUGUAUUUGGAAUGGGCUGUUUCUGGGGAGCUGAAAGGAAAUUCUGGAUCCUGAAAGGAGUAUAUUCAACUCAAGUUGGUUUUGCCGGAGGCUAUACUUACAAUCCUACUUAUGAAGAAGUCUGUUCAGGAAAAACUGGCCAUGCGGAAGUAGUCCGAGUUGUGUACCAGCCAGAACACAUCAGCUUUGAGGAACUGCUCAAGGUCUUCUGGGAGAAUCAUGACCCGACACAAGGCAUGCGCCAAGGCAAUGAUCAUGGCACUCAGUACCGCUCGGCCAUCUAUCCGACCUCUGCCAAGCAGAUGGAGGCAGCCCUGAGGUCCAAAGAGGACUACCAGAAGGUGCUUUCCCAGAGUGGCUACGGCACCAUCACCACCGACAUCCGAGAGGGGCAGACGUUCUACUACGCGGAAGACUACCACCAGCAGUACCUGAGCAAGAACCCCGACGGAUACUGUGGACUGGGGGGCACGGGGGUUUCCUGUCCCAUUGGUGUUAAGAAAUAAUCUCUGCCCCAUGACCAGGACUUCAGAUUACAGCAAAAAAUGCUUGCUACAAAUUGGGCAAUUCUUUUGUGAUCGACAUCAGUGGCUUUUUGAAGUGCACAAAGUGCAAAGGCAUUGUUUUAAAUCUGAUUUAUUGAGGUAUAAUUUACAUAAAGUGCCAUGGCAAGUUGAUAAAAUGUGAAUUUAUCUUCUAAGAAGUUAUUAUGGGAGUAGAGCUGUGAAAUUUUUUGCAUCAUUUGGGGUCUAAAUGAAGAUAAUGAAUUUGCUGUGUUCAGCCUUCUUGAAUUCUGGGUGCCUGCCGUAGCAGCUAAGGAGUUAAACUGGGAGCUUGUUGGACAGGAUAUGGGUGAUGUUGGGAAAACUUGACCUGUGCCUGUUCUACCUCACAUGCACUCAUACCCUCCAGUGCCUUAAAAUUUGCAAACAUUUAUAGCCUCAGUGAAUCAUUCACCAAAACGCUUUGCUCUGCUGAAUCGAGACAUGGGUGAGGGGCUUUCUCUCCCUUUCAGCGCUCCUCGUGGCAGAGAAAGAAUGUGCAUUAGCUUGAAGGAUUCUAAUGCUUUGCUUACAGCUAUGAGAAAUGCUUGUUCUAAUAAACAUCUGCAAUCCAGUAAUACAAACUGCCUAAUUUUUUGUCUUUUCCUCAUUUAGAUAGGAUAUCUCUAAGUGCUGUAAGAUACAUUUAAGAGCUCUGAAAGAGCUUGGGAGGGAAAAAACCUCAUAGUCAUUUUCUCCCAAAUGGGAAAUACCAUGAUUGAAAUUUUUUGGAAAACAUGUAUACCACUAGCUUUUUGCAACUUUAGUAAUAAAAGCUGUUUUCUACACACCUGUCACAUC